ACCGGUGUCGUAUAUCUCAACGGAGCAAAAACGAAAACAAAUGGUGUUGUCUAAAAAGAGAGGGAUCUCGUAAGAAUUGAAGGGUGAGAGAAGAGAUGGUGUUCAACGGCCCACUGGUGGUGGGGGUGGCAAAUGUUUCGGCGGAUUUGUGCCAAUACAUCGCAUGCAACCCUGAGAGGCUUAGCCGCGACCAACUCCUCUUUCUCCUCUUCUCCUUCCCUUGCCGCCACCUUCGCCGCCUCGCCCUCUCCCUCUGCUCCUGCUUCUGCUUCCCUCUCCCUUAUCAUCCUUCAUCUUCCUCCUCCGAUCCCGCCUCCGAUUCUGAUCUCCCGGAUUCGCAUCCACAUAUCCAUUGAUCUCACAGAUGCCCCCUAAAUCUGAUCCUAAUAUUUGAUUUCUGAUGACGUCUCUCUUUCUGUAACCUUAUGUACAUUAACGUAUAUAUGAUAUCUAUUUUGUAAUCUCUCUAUCUGGUCAGUGCAUCAAUUAUUUCUUGCGGAGCUGUUGAUGAUUGUGUUUGUGAAAUUGAUGGGGAAUGAUUUCCCUAGUUGAAGAGAAGGCUUGAGGUGUAUGCAGGGGCGAAAACAUGGGUAUUGAAAUCACUACAAAUCUUGGAAAGUUUCUGGGAGCAUCAAUCAUCCAUAAAUGCAAAUCCAAAGCUCUUUAUGGCUACAUCCUUAAUAAUAUCAAGAAGAGACUUGCUGGUUGGAAACAAAAAUGCUUAAGCAUUGUUGGACGAUGUACCCUUAUCCAAACCACUUUAUCGACUGUGCCGCUUCACACCAUGCAAAGCAUGCUUCUACUUACAAGCACUUGUGCAGAGAUAGACAAAGCGAGCAGGACUUUCCUUUGGGGUGAUGAUGAUAUCACACACAAAAAUUCACCUAGUGUCUUGGGAAGAGGUUUGUAUCCCCAAAAAGGAGGGAGGAUUGGGAUUGCGAAUGGCUAGAGAUAUGAACAUCACAUUGACAGCAAAACUAGCAUGGGAGCUCCUCCAAAACAGACCAAAACUCUGAGUGUCGAUCAUGGCUGAACAAUACAUGCGCACCACUGGUUUUUGGAAUGUCGAACUCAAACCAGCAUCUCACAUGUGGCGAAGCAUCAUCCGUUCAAGACAUGUUAUAUCAAAUGGGAUAAACUGGAAAAUCGGGAAUGGGAAAACUACCAAAUUUUGGACAGACAUUUGGGUGGGAGAGGAACCGCUGCACAACACUGUUGAUUCACACCCCCUGGAAGCUAUGGAAACCAGUGGCGGAUUUCUUCUCACCUCAAAGAACAUGGGACAUUGAUGCCCUUGAAUGAGCUGUAGGCACUGAUAUGGUAGAAAUGGUGUGUGACGUCCCUAUUCUAGUAAACCAAAAUCGUGAAGACCGCAUUGUUUCGAGAUUGUCUAACUCUGGUCGGUUUACAGUAAAACCGACGCUCUUUCAUGAAAACAUGGAAACAGAUGCAAAUUGGAUUUGGAAAGUUAGAGUAAUUGAACGAGUGAAAGUCUUCAUCUGGUUGGUCUGGAAAAGAAAAUACUCACCAACCUUGAGAGAGCUCAUAGGCACCUGACAGAGGACUUUUACUGUCCAAUUUGCAAAGAUGAUGAAGAAUCCACCACACCUCCUCGGAGACUGAAUUGGCUAGAGGUUGCUGGACUCGAAUGGAAGUACACCCUAGGAGAUGUCUGGAAAUUUUCAGUGAUGUUGGGGAUUAGUUGAAAUACAACUGCACUGGAAAGGAGGGCAAAGGGUCCGAAUGGGAAACAAGAUUCGUAUACCAAAUCUGGAACAUUUGGAAGGCACGAAAUGGAAUUGUUUUCAAUAAUAGACGACAUGCUCCUGGUGUUAUCUACAAGUUAGCAUCCUCCCAAGCCAAUGAAGCAUACCUCCACCUUCGAAAUGAUAAUGUCAUUCAACCCAAGUUAUCUAGACUUGUGAAAUGGAAUCCUCCGUGUGUGGGCUCUCUCAAAAUUAACACAGAUAGGUCCUUCAAGAAAGGUGGUGUUGGAGCAAGCAUUGGAGGUGUGUUUCGCUGCUGAAAGGGGGAAUCGGUCAUGGGGUUCCUCCUUAACGUGGGACAUACAAACAGCUGCCAUGCCGAAGUAUGGGGCCUGAGACAAGGUCUUUUUGGCCAAAUAAAAUGGGUGAAUUAACACGGGAGUUGAAAUGGACUCUGAAGCAGCAAUUCUAGCAGUGACAAUGUCAACAUGGAGGGAUAAUAAAGAGAGUUGCACCCUUGUAGAAGACUGUAGGGAACUCAUGCAAGACCGUGCGGGCAUUACUUUGCAGCAUACUUUGCGAGAGGGUAAUAGGUGCGCAGACUUUCUAGGAAAUUUGGCACACUCCGUACCCAGGGGGAUCAUAAUCCUAUUACAUCCGCCCCAUGGGCUAACACAAAUACUUUGGGAAGAUGCCAACGGUUUAGAGAUUGUUAGACUGUAGCUUGAUUUUUAUUUAUUUUCCGAUGUACCAAAAAAAACUCAACAUUACAACAACCUUUUUUUUAUUUUAUCUGUGCAUGGUGGUGUAUAUAUCACUUUUUAGUGGGAAAUUUUAGUGGGGAUACAUGGGCAUAAGAACUUACCCAUGACUCCGUCCCUGGAAGUAGAGAGAUAAGAACUUACCCAUGUAUACUAUCAAAUUGUCGAAUCGUUUUGAGAUGAAAUUUUA